CACGAGAUUACACGAGAUUACACGAGAUUACACGAGCUUACACGAGCUUACACGAGAGUACACGAGCUUAGAUACACACAUAGCUCACCCUGCAGGCGGGCCGAGAUUACACGAGGUUACACGAGAUUACACGAGAUUACACGAGAGUACACGAGAGUACACGAGCUUAGAUAUACACAUAGCUCCUGCAGGCGGGCCGAGAUUACACGAGAGUACACGAGAGCACACGAGAUUAGAUAUACACAUAGCUCACCCUGCAGGCGGGCCGAGAUUACACGAGGUUACACGAGAUUACACGAGAUUACACGAGAGUACACGAGAGCACACGAGAUUAGAUAUACACAUAGCUCACCCUGCAGGCGGGCCGAGAUUACACGAGGUUACACGAGAUUACACGAGAUUACACGAGAGUACACGAGAGUACACGAGCUUAGAUAUACACAUAGCUCCUGCAGGCGGGCCGAGAUUACACGAGAUUACACGAGAUUACACGAGAUUACACGAGAUUACACG